CAUGCUAAAAUCCACAACGAGUCUGUUUUUUUCUAGUUUAUUGUUUAUGCCAAUUAAUCGUGUAUUGUACACAUAAUAUUUAUCAUUGGCUUGGAAGCUAGCCGGUGUCAGCUGGUCAAGGGUUAAUGUCAGUUGAUGUUAGUGAAAAUGAAAUUUGGUGGCACUCUCACAAGAUUUAAAUUUUAUCUUAUCUAAAAAAAAAAUAGCAAAAUAAACGUACAAUCGUUCCUUGUUAAUAAUCGCUGAUAGAUUGGUACCAUGUAGCUGACAGUUACUAAGUGAAAUCUGUGAAUGUACACGUUGUUACACAGAACGAGAUCAAUUAAACAAGUCAAUUGAAUAAAAGUUAAUAUUUAACAAUAUUUAUGACAAUUUAUUGAGUAAAGUAUAUUCUCGUUGACGAAAAUGGAGAAGGAACGAUCUCGCGUGUUGGUGCCGGUACUGAUCAGUGCCUGUGCAAUUCCAAUUUCUAUGCUGUUUUGGAUCGUAAACGUAGUUUACUCAACCUUUCAUCCGGAUUCCAAUAAUCACUUUGAAGAAGACUUGGUGAUAUCGCCAUGGAGGUGGUUGGCAGUCGUCGCAAUUCCUACCUUUAUAGCAUUUUGGGGUUUCAGAAAGAAAAGCGUGGAUAUCACUGGCGCUAUUCUUGGAUUUUUCAUGGGUUUUAUUCUGACUCUCACAAGUUACGUUCAUCUGGCUUGUCUGUUCUCAUUCUUUGUUACAUCUUCCAAGGCAACGAAGUUUCGUUCUCACAAGAAAAGAAAAUUUGAAGCAGACUACAAGGAAGGUGGUCAAAGAAAUUGGAUUCAAGUUUUGUGCAAUGGUGGUAUGGCAACACAGUUGGCACUUUUGUACCUAUUGGAUAUAGGUUGUGGAGAACACCCUGUUGAUUUUGAUAAGUAUUAUAGGAGUUCUUGGUUGUCGAUUGGAAUUUUAGGAGCAUUUGCAUGUUGUAAUGGAGAUACUUGGGCUUCAGAGAUUGGAACAGUUAUUGGUAGUAGUGAUCCUUUCUUAGUUACUACAGGAAAAAGAGUACCAAGAGGAACAAACGGUGGUGUAUCCUGGGUAGGUCUUUUGGUUUCCGCACUCGGUGGUUUGACAGUGGGUUUGUUUUAUUACAUUACCGUACUAUAUACUGUAGACUCGGCUGUGCUUCAAUUAGCUGCACCACAAUGGCCAGUUAUACUUGUUGGAUGUCUCGGAGGUCUCCUUGGCAGUAUCAUAGAUUCUAUUUUAGGGGCUACUUUACAAUACUCAGGAAUGAACGAAAACGGAGUAGUGGUGGAACGUCCUGGGAAACGAGUGAAAUACAUUUGCGGUAGACAAAUUUUGGACAAUCACAGUGUCAAUCUUUUGUCAAGCGUCGCCAUAGCAAUUACCUUACCGAAAAUCGCGAAUUUAAUUUGGCCUUAAAAGAAUCUUACAUGCUUUAUUUUUUUGUUACUUUUUUUAUAUAUUACAGUUUAUAAUUACGAUCAUAAAGUGGGGGUAUAUACUUUUCAGAAAAUAAAAUUUCAGUUUAUAUUUAUUGGUGUUUUAAAACCGUCCACGUAGAAUCACGUAUUAAUUAAGACUAAAUAGAAUAAGUUUAGUGAUGAUAUUGUUAAAAUGUUAUUUUUGUUUAUAACAUUAAUAUAUGAAAUAUAUUAUAAAUUAAAGAAUC